UUCCAAUAGGCAUAUGCGCUGAUACGUCUUAAAAUCCAAGAUUCUCGGGUAUUCUCUCCCAAACGGCAAGAAAUGGCGGACUACGCUCCGUUAAACCGAAGAGAAGAAGAAGAAGAAGAAGAAGAAGAGGAGAAGAAAAUCAAAGCCACUCGCAUCGCUUCUCUUGAUGUUUUCCGCGGGCUUUCCAUCUUCCUGAUGAUAUUUGUUGACUAUGGUGGUUCAAUUCUUCCAAUCAUUGCUCAUUCACCAUGGAAUGGUGUGCGGUUGGCGGAUUUUGUCAUGCCUUUCUUUCUGUUUAUUGUUGGUGUUUCUCUUGCCCUUGUCUACAAGAAAAUAUCAAACAAAUUUGCAGCAACAUGUAAAGUAGUGCAACGAGCGAUAAAACUCUUUCUUCUUGGUAUUAUUCUUCAAGGUGGUUAUUUUCAUGGUGUAAAUACUUUGACAUUUGGUGUUGACAUUGAACGGAUACGUUGGCUUGGUAUUUUACAGAGGAUAGCUAUUGGAUAUGCUGUUGCAGCUUUGUGUGAAAUUUGGUUACCAUCAAGAAAUCCAAGGGAUGUGAGCAUAGGAUUUUUCAGGAGUCAUUGUUUUCAUUGGUUUAUUGCAUUGUCACUAUGCACCAUGUAUCUUGGGCUACUAUAUGGUUUGUAUGUUCCGGAUUGGCAAAUCAAAGUGCCACAGUCUACGUCUUCAGCAUCAUCAUCAAACAGUAACUAUACCGUCCUUACAGUGAAGUGUGGAGUAAGAGGCAACUUGGGCCCGGCAUGUAAUUCUGCUGGAAUGAUUGACCGCUAUGUUCUUGGUUCUGAACAUUUAUAUUCCAAGCCUGGUUACAGAAACUUAAAGGAAUGCACUAAUUCUACAAAAGGUCAAGUUUCAGAAAAUUCACCUGCAUGGUGCUACGCACCGUUUGAUCCUGAAGGCAUUUUAAGCUCUUUUACAGCUGCUGCAACCUGCAUCAUUGGACUUCAUUUUGGUCAUGUUCUUGUACAAUUAGAGGACCAUAAACAUCGGCUUUUCGAUUGGUUACUAUUUUCUGUGUUACUUUUUGCCCUUGGGUUAUUCCUUGCCUUCAUAGGAAUUCCCCUAAACAAAUCUUUAUACACAAUCAGUUAUAUGUUACUUACAGCUGCUUCAGCAGGGAUCACUUUUUCUGCUUUGUACCUGUUGGUGGAUGUAUGUGGUUACAGGCGUGUGACGUUUGUGUUAGAGUGGACGGGAAGGCAUUCUCUGAGUAUAUUUGUUCUUGUGGCCUCUAACAUAGCUGUUAUUGCCAUUCAAGGAUUCUACUUCACUUAUCCUGAAAAUAACAUUUUGUUGUUGGGCUAUAUAUGUUCCAACAAGCAACACAUGUGCAUAGUACGUGCUCGACGAAUCGCCAUAGAGAUGAGGGAGGCAUCAUUAGACUAUGAACUGUCGGCUGAGAUUCAUUGGAUCCUAAAACACUUGGUGCACAAUUGAUGCGUGCAUUUGGUUGAAUAUUUUGUGCAGAGCUUUGCAGGGCUUUGCUGAGGAAUUUUGAAAGCUGGUCUGCUAGAAAGGUGUUGUGGAAUUGGACCAGAUGGGGUGGGAAAAAGUUGUAUUCUCCCUUUGGAGUGGAUUUGGUGAUUUUUUUUUUCAUUGGAUAUUUUGUUUUGUGAUGUAUAUGUGAUUGGCUCUCUUGUGCCUUUGGCCUGCUUAAUAUAAUCUUUUAUUGCAUUAAAAAAGGAUAGUUGUAAAUGCCUCCCUCCGUUUUAUGACAAAUGUAAACACCUCCCCUGUUUUGGAUUAUAUAGCAAGUACCUUCCAUCUUUUAGAGAUUUCA